AUGGACCUGUCCCAAUCUCAGUGGAACAUUCUUGCGGAUGCGAUGAAAGAAGCUCACUUUGAUAUUGCUUAUCAAGGUCCGGGAGAUUCUCUGAUAGAAGUCGCUUAUGCGGUGCGUCAUUUUGCGGAAAUGGGAUUCGAAAUGGCCGUUUGUCAACAUUUCUCUAAGAACUUUGGUCUAUACGGAGAGAGAUACGGUGCCCUUCAUGUGGGUUGUAAAUCCGAAACUACUGCUACAAAUGUCUAUGAUCAAUUGCGUUGUCUGAUCCGAUGGGAAAUAUCAUCUUCGCCGUUGCACGGAUCACGCAUUGUUACAAUCAUCGGUGACACCCAGUUGAAGCAAAACUGGUCUGAUGAGUUGUCAACCAUGCGAGACCGUCUCCGCAGCAACCGGCUAGAGCUUUAUGAAGCCCUAAAAGGC